AUGGCUAAGGCUCCAAAUGGUACAAAGGAUUACGAUGAAAUGUACAAGCUUUUACUUGUUGGCGAUUCAUCCGUUGGUAAAACAAACCUUCUCCUUCGGUUUUCCGAUAAUAGUUUCAGCAAAACCUUUAUAGCAACCAUAGGCAUUGACUUUAAAGUUCGCACCAUAGAAAUUGAUGGAAAAAAAAUUAAGUUGCAGAUAUGGGACACUGCCGGUCAGGAGCGUUUUCGAACUAUAACAACGGCUUAUUAUCGUGGUGCAAUGGGUAUCAUGCUUGUUUACGAUGUUACUAAUAUAGAUUCUUACCAUAAUAUCACUACCUGGAUGAACAACAUAACCGAGCAUACUAAUGAAGGCGUAGCGAAGAUGCUACUUGGAAAUAAAUGUGAUCUGGAAGCACAAAGAGUAGUAAAGUAUGAAAAUGGUUAUAAGCUCGCCCAAUCAUAUGGAAUCAGUUUUAUUGAGACCAGUGCUAAAGGAGGUAUUAACGUCUCUGAAGCGUUUACCAUCUUGGCCCGAAAAAUAAAAACGAAGAGGGAACAGGAGGCUAACCUUAAUAACCCACCUAGAGAAGACAUAAGAAAUAUAACCAGCAAACGACCCAAACGCUUAAUAUGGGGAUGCUCAAUAUUGUAAAUGGCGUCUCCAUUGAUUUUUCCAAGAAACAUCUUUUAGACAUGAUCUAUACUGCACUCAAACAUUGAACAAUUCUUGAUUUUAGGGAUCUUUAUUUGGUGCCUUUUAUAGCCUCGUUUCUUCGUCGUCCCUUGCUUGUAUUUGACACAUGGUUUCCAUCGUCCCCAUCAUACAAUUUCGUUUAUUGUCUUCAAGUAUCUACUUUUACCUUUAUAAAAACAUUAUAUCUUAUCAGCAAAUUGCUUUUUC